UACAUAUUUAUAGGCGCACUCGCAGCAACUCAUUUUGCCCAAGUCCCUCAAGAUGUUGCUCCUCUUCUUACUUUCACUCUUCAAUUUCAACCCAUCUCUGAGCCUAAAACUUUGCUCCUUCAAUGUGAGGUCUUUUGGAGAAGCUAAAAUAGCCAGACCUGAAGUCGUUGAUGCCGUGGUAAAGAUCAUUUCUCGCUGUGACAUCAUGUUGCUGAUGGAAAUAAAGGACAACAAGAACCGUGUUUGUCCUCUCCUAGUGGAGAAGCUCACCAGCCAGCUAGAAGAGCCAAAGGAUGAAUACAGGUGCAUUGCCAGCCAAAGGCUGGGAAGGAACAGCUACAAGGAGCAGUAUGCCUUCAUCUACAGGCAACAUCUGGUAUCGGUGAAACAAACCUACCAGUACCCUGACACCCAGCCUGGGGAUGAAGAUGUCUUCUCCAGGGAGCCCUUUGUCAUCUGGUUCCAGUCUCCAAAAACCGCUGUCAAUGAGUUUGCUAUAAUCCCUCUGCACACCACACCAGACACUGCAGUGCGGGAGAUUGAUGAGCUCUAUGAUGUGUAUUUAGAUGUCAAACAGCGCUGGAAAACCGAGAACUUCAUCUUCAUGGGAGACUUCAAUGCUGGAUGUAGCUAUGUUCCCAAAAAGCAGUGGAAGAACAUCCGGCUGAGGACUUACUCCGAAUUCAUCUGGCUAAUUGGUGACAAAAAUGACACGACAGUGAAGAGCAGCACGAGCUGCCCAUAUGACAGGAUCGUAGUCAGCGGACAGAAGCUCCUCCAGGCUGUCGUGCCACAUUCUGCCAACAUCUUUGAUUUCCAGAAGGACUUUCAGAUGACUGAGGAGCAGGCACUGGGAGUGAGCGACCAUUUCCCAGUAGAGUUUGAGUUAAAAGCAAAAGGUGGCUUCUUCAACUGGCUGAGAUCAAAGUUUUCAAGGAAGAGGACGCCAAGGAAGAGCCGCCAAUCAAGAUGAUGAUGAUGAUGCUGAGUCCUCAUCCAUGGCAUGGAAAUACACAAAUGCCAACAGAUCUUGUAGAACACUCGUGUAAAUAUACUCACAGCAAGUGGAACACCCCCCACCACCCCCAAAUAUUUUGUUAAAGUUCAAAUAUUUUGGGUGAGAAGGCAAAAUAAACCUUCAGGUUAUUUUCUUAUUUUCUGUAUGCAGAAAUAAACCAGCUAGAAGCAGCACACUAUACUUACUGUACCUGUUGCAAAUGUAAGGAGCUACUGCAAGGGUAAAAUGCUUCCAUGCGCUUUACCUGCAACACCUGAAGGGCAGGGAUCUCCACACAUUCCUGUGGGCUAUGGAGCUCUGCCACUCCUCUGCAGGGGCAGAAGAAUUAAAAGGGCUUUCUGCAUCUUGUGUGUGUGUGUGUGUGCAGCUCAGAGCUGCAGCCAGCAGGAGUCUGUGCCCUGGUGGUUUGCAAUGAAGGAUGUUGCUGAAUUUAGAGUAUUUCUCGGUGGGGGUUUGAAACUGCUCGCAGCAUUGAGGGCUUGGGGAAAGACAGACAUUAAAGACAGAGCAGCAAGGGCCCCUUUUCUGCACUCCCUCAGCCCAGAGCAGCAGGAAGCUGGUGGUUCUCACCCCUGCCUGCCCACCUGCAAACCUGAGACAUCCUGUGGAUCCCAGGUGACUCUGCUGCCAACUGAGUGUCAUAAAAUUCACAUUUAAAAUCUGAUUUCAGCAUCCUGACAUGGAAGUGAACUGCAUCUCCCCCUCCAAAAUAACCCCUCUCCAAUGCAGCUUGAAGUCCUCCAACGAACCAGAUUUUAAUGACGAUUAUUUAACGUAGUGGUGCAGCAAUCUGUUUUCCUAGCUCAGCCCACAGGCUGUAUUUAGUGCAAACCAAACCCUGUCACACAGAUGGCAUCCGAAAAGUGGGAAUAAUCCAACUGUUAGUAGAGGCAAAUAUUCAUCUCCCUUCAUCAAUGAGCCCUGGCUUGCCUGCUGAAGGGGCAGGGAGGGCAAGAAAGCAAGAGGGGCUUUGUGAGGAGGAAAACAGUUUGGCCUUUGUGAAACUGUUCAGUGAGAAAUGAAUUUGAAGAAAGAAACUAAAUCAAGAGAAAAUGAUCCCAAGGGGGUGUGUGCAAGGCAGACAACAAAUCCUCCAACUUUCAGUAGCAAUUAAUUUGAAAUCAUACAGCAUUUCAUAAGCUCCCUCGAUUAUACUGCGGUCAAGGCAAAGGAAAGAGCCUGAUUUAGAACAAAUAUUUACACUGAGAUUUUUAUAGAGAUGCCACUGUCUGGCUGACAGCAGUGAUGGCUCAUGUGAAGGCUGAAGUCAGCCUGAGUCUCUGGCCUCAUGUCUUGCUCCUACGUAAGUCCCUUCUGUCUCUUGGCUUUCAGAAAGGAACAGUGCACAAAGGAAUAAAUCACGCUCCAGGAAAGCCAUAAUGGGCACAUUCAGUCAUGAAAAAGAUGUAAUUCUGACUAAGUUUUACUGAAAAUAUUUGUCCUUAUUUGCAAUGCUGAAUACAGUCCUUUACCCAGCCUUUGAAGAUAAGAGUUGUAGCCAGAGAGCAACCUUGGGAGUGAUGUCAGUGCCUGUUGGUUUGGAGCUGUGAGCCGGGUUUGACUGGGAUAGUAGCUGGAUGGAGCUGUGUUUUGGAUUUGUGCUGAAAACCUGUUUGAUAACACAGGGAUGUUUUUGUUACUGCUGAGCAGCACUUACACAGAGUCAAGGCAUUUUCUGCCACUCACCCCACCAGUGAGUUGGUUUGGGAUGCACAAGAAUUUAGGAGGAGACAGCAGACCACCACUGACACAAGGGAUAUCCCAUGCCAUAUGGAGAGACAAGCUCAGCACACAAAGCUUGGGGAAGAAGAAGGAACAAGAGGACGUUCAGAGUAAUGGUGUUUGUCUUCCCCAGUAACCAUUACGUGUGAUGGAGCCCAGAUUUCCUGGGAAUGGCUGAACACCUGCCUGCCCAUGGGAAGGCAGUGAAUGAAUGCCUUGUUUUGCUUUGCUUAUUAAACUGUAUCUUUCUCAACCUACAA